AUGGAGACAAAAGCAGCAAAAACUUUAGGCAUUAUAGUGGGGGGUUUCGUGUUUUGCUGGCUUCCCUUCUUCAGCGUGUACGUGGUGCGAGCUUUCUGCGGUGACUGCGUCUCUUCUAUUAUCUUCUCUAUAUUAUUCUGGCUGGGCUAUUGUAACUCGGCGAUUAAUCCUCUCAUAUAUGCAUUGUUUUCAAAGGAUUUUAGGUUUGCAUUUAAGAGGAUAAUAUGUAAGUGCUUCUGCGCUGGUGGUGGUUCAAGGCGCGAGUCAGAUGGUGCUGACAACGCGGUUGCAGUAAGAAGAAAUAGGCCGGUGCAUGCUCAUUCACACUCUUUAGACGAGGAGACACACACACCAAACAAUAAUAGGUAA